UAUUUCUUAAUGCUCUUCAUGUCUUUCAUUGUUGUAAAGCACUUUGAAUUGCCUUGCCUAAUCCAUUUGCUAAGUUUAUACUACAUAUUUAAACACCCUUUUCUCUCUGUCCUCCCCAGGCGGUGUUCGACCUGACGUGGGAGAUGCUUCAGGAGAUUUACAACGAGGAACCGAGCUCCGAUCAGCCUCAGUGGGUCAAACCACGGAGAGUCAGAUCCUCCUUCUUCCACAGAGUCAAAAGCUCAGGGGACCUCAACAAGAUCCAGGAGUUCAUCUCAGCAGAGGUCCUGAAAGUGUACGGUCUGAGUAAAGAUCACAGCCUGAAGACCGACUGGCAGAAGAUGCUCAAGUUUGGCAAAAAGAAGCGAGACCGAGUCGAUCACAUUCUG